GUCGCUUGUUGGGCGCCGUCCGGCAUGUCUUGUUUACUGUGAGGUCGGAAUACUACCCUCAGUCCAGCCAGCUGGUCGUUUCUGAAGAAACAACCAUCCAAGAGAAAAGGACAGACACGAGAGAAAGAGCGAGCAAGGGGAUGUUGACUUAUCCCUGUGACUCGCUCCCUCAGAUAGUUUGUCCAAUGGAUGAACAUGCUAUUCCCUCUAACAGUUUAUGUAGCGCACCCCCCCACAGUGAACCUCCUCCACCUCUCCUCCCCCUUUCCUCCAUCACUCCCAGCUGUGUGGAUAAUGGAAUAUCUGGAAACGGGCGGAGUGGCCGAAUUCAAGAGGUCAAAGCACAAACCCCUGAAAAGCAGAGCCACACAGACAGCGGGGCAGCUCAGCAAUCAUCCAGACUGGAUCCGUCGCCCACACAGAGACAAAGGGAGAGUGCAAACAUGGUGUCGCAGUCCAAGCAGUCAAGCAUUGAAGGCACACAUGCACUGGAGAAACAAAACGAGGAUGGAUUUGAUGUCAGUUUAACACCCGAGCCUCAAAAUCAUUUUUGUAGCAGGCAAAAGACCUGGCAAAGCCCACGAAAGGAACCAAACGUCUCUGCUGCGGACAUUGAAGUGGAGCAGUUUGUUGAGGAAACCACACAGAAUCCUGACAUGGACGCACGCAUGGAGGUCUUGGCUGUUGCUCCGAAGGGAUGGGUGAUUGGCCCCUUAUUUCAGUCGCUCAAGUCAAAGAUGGCCAGUUUCACAGAGAUAGUGAUGAGUCCUGUUAAACUCUUCAAAGCUAAUAUUCCUCCACCAUGCACGGACCAUCCAGACAAACUCGAUGAGGGUGAGCUACAGGGCGAUCCAUCAUCUGAUGUUGAACACUCGGAGCAGAGCGGUACGCUUCAUCCAGAAGCACAAAGCCAGAAUAGGAAUCGGGAUGCUGAAGAUGAUCAGCAGAGGCUCAGUAAAGUAGAAGGUUCACAAAACACAGAAACUGCUGAUCUUAAAUAUUCAAAGAAAUUAUUGUUGGAUGUGGAGUUGCCAACACACGGCUCUGAACAGGCAGAUGAAAGUGCAAUAACCCAAAAAGAAAUAAGCUCUCCUGAUGCUGUGCCUUUGCAACACUGUCCCUUACCCUGCAUUGUUUCUGCGGAAGUUGUCAACGGAAGUGCCUCACAUGAUUCCAAUGUCAAGUUUUCUGGUGUUAUGGAGGACCAGAGAGGCAAUGUGACUGUCCAGCUGAAACUACUGCCGAGGAAAUGUACAGUUAAUAGAAUUUGUAAAGAAAGAGUAAAGAAAGUUGCUUCUAAGUCUUCAAAAUCCAAAGUCAAGAAAGAAGAGUCUGAGGUUAGUGAUGAGCAGGUUUCUUUCAUGAAUUCUGUCAAAUCAAACAAAACUGAUUCCGUUUGUUCUACUCAGCCUGACACUGACUGUCCUCAGCUUGGUCAUGCGGAUGAAGGCAGAAGAAUAGAAGUUAUGGUUCGCCAAAUGCAUCAUAAUAACUUAAAUGACGCAAAUGGAUGGACACUAAAGCCUUAUGUGAAUAUUCAGCAGCUGGAGUGUGGCCUAAGCCCUGAAACGUACUCAGUUUCAACUCUUGUCCGAGCAAAGAGGGGUGUGGAACUGGACUGCGAUUCUCAAGAAGCUGUGAAGAAGAAGAGAUUGACUGCAGAUAAAUCUAAAAAGGAAACAAAAAGACAAGAGCUUUUAAAUGUCGCCUCAGAAGGUGGCCCUUUGAAACCAUAUAUAAAUGAAGUUGUGAUGGCAAAUCCCAUUGUAGAUAAGGAAGAACCACUGAAGCCUGCUAGGAAAAGACAAGCUGCUUCAAAAAGAGAAAAUAAGAAAGGAAAAGUAGGACAAGAAUUACAUCCCGAGUUAAACCCACAGACUGAAAGUCCCUCUGAUGCGAUGUUGGUUUGCUCUCUGGAUGAAAUCACUGGUGUGUCAGAAAAAAACCAAAAGGGCAGUAGUCGCACGGUGAAGCCAACGGGUGGCUCCUGCAAAAAACUAAAGACCAGGUCGAACAGUAAGGAACUAGAAACCACCUCUGCAAAAGAAAUUGAGCAGGAACCGUUAUCAGUGGUCUUUGUCCGUCCUUCUAUAAAGCCCCUCCAAAGCACAAGCAAGCGUAGGAAUAUAAACGACAAACCACUAAAACGGAAAUCGCCAACCCAAUCAGGUUCAGGCUUGGAAAAGGAACUGAAGCAGCUGCCCAAACGAUCCAAAAAGGCUUUAAAAGUUGCUGAUAAAUCAUCUAUGUCAGCUGGGAAUCAAGAGAAAAAGCAGUGUGUCAAUAACCUUCAUUUGGUAGCCAAAGAAAACCAGCCUAAACAAGGCAAAUGUAAAAUCUCAAUGGACCCUGUGUAUUUUGAAAUGACUCCUUUUGAAAGUAUUCAACAACCUGUUUCUUCAUCCUCUCAACCUAAUGGAGACAGUAAUGUACAAUUGGAUAUUGAAGUUAACCAUGUUGUUGAAGGGAAAGACAGGAGUGCUGCUCCUGUGUCAGAAGAGGUAGAAGCCAGUAACCAAAGCAGAGUGACUGGGCUAAGGUCUAGUACAAAAGGGGUUAACAUUAAGCCAAGGAGAGCAGAAAACCUAAAGAGAAAAUGCAGAGUUUUGCAAAGUAGGACUCUUGAAGGUGAGCAGGGGACAAACUGCAUCACUAUGGACGAUGCAGACCUGGCUACAGCGAGUUCCCGCUCCUCAGGGAACGGCACCUCAACACGCCUGUUUCGCAGCUACUCUUGUCCAGAGAUCCUGUCCCUUCAACCUGACGACACGCUCUGGACUUCUACUCUGCACUCCCCGCAGCUCAGCAGGAUCUGCUCCCCACACCAGCCCCUAGCCCUCCACACUCCUUCUCUCCAUCAUUCCCAGAUAGCCCUGCGGCGGGCUCGUCGACACACGGUCUGCAGCGUGGAGGUGGAGAGGGAGAUCGCCCCCCUCUGCCUGCGUAAGGAGGUGUACCCGUCCAGAAGAUCUCUCCUGUCUCUCCUGUCUCCCAGUUUUGCACUUUCUCCCAGCUCCUCCCUCUCAGCUCUUGCUUCCUACUUCCUCUCAAGCCCCUUGGCUUUCCUUUCCAAAAAAGUUGACAGUAGAGGAGCUGCAGUCAGCCCCAGCACGUCUGUUUCCUCCCACACCUCCUCUUUUCCUUUAUACCCAUUCGUAUCCAUCCAAAGAAUCGACGACUUGACUCCGUUGGACUUUAGCAGCAGGUAAUACGUUUUUUCACUUGAUGAUACCAAUGAUACUCAAAUGUUUUGAUAUCAAUUGCU